GAUAAGCUGUAGCGAGGCGUUGCAACGAUCUGCCAAACACUUCACAGACGGAUCUGAAUGUGAACGCUGCUGGAAGAGAGAUGUCUUCAGUUCUGGGUGGCAUCUACUAAGUUUAUUACUGCAACAGUCGAAACUCUUCACGUUUGGCAUCACAACUGAAUAGUAAGACAAUAAAGCUGUGUUUGUUUACCUCUUUAAUCAUCUUUUCUGCCCAUCAACGAAUCUUUGUAAGGCAGUUAAGAAUAGAGGAACGUGUGACCCGCAAGGACCAUCAGAAGCGACACCAAGAUGCUGCAACUGUACCCGUGGGUCGCUGGUGGAUACUUUUAUGUUUAACCGUCAUUGGAAGUCUUUUUACGACAGUCGACCUCACAGAACUCGAGACUGGCAGAAUGCUUACUCGUACAGACGAAAGUGUUUCAUCGUACAUGGAGUCGAAGCCAUUAGUUGACCAGCAUGAUGUACUGAUGAUGUGUGAAGGCCUCGGUGAGCAAGCUCUCAGACAUAUUCUAAGCUCAAAGUCGAAAUAUCUGGCAGGACACAAGACGAAAUAUGCAAACGAUUACACACCAGCCAACCACAUCAACGUAGACAACGAACGUUUUUCACCGUUCACAAAUGAAAUGCCAAUUGAUGACAAAAUGCGGAGGUGCAGUGAGCUAGGUGAUGAAGCUAUUAGACGGAUUCUGAGGUCAGAGUCUUAUGAUUCUUCUCAACAUGGAGCCAGGAAGAUUAAUGGGAACGAACAGCUAACCAUAGGAAGUCCACGCGGAGCCCAGAAUACGCUUCGGACACUGGCAUGGACCUUGCAAAAGUACAAACAGAAAUGGAUCAAAUGUUUUCGCACCCCUUCUACCACUGCCGCAUCCCCCAGCGUCAAAGCAUCAAUGUUGAAGACCCCGACAAGCUGGGUAGAACUCUCAUCCCUGCUAGUGCAGUCGUCUUCACGUGCCGCAAGGACAAUGGCUGUUGUCCUCCUGGGAAGAUCUGCGGCAUGAAGACAGGAGAAGAGAUUGUAUUGAAAUUCAUGGCCCUUCAGAAAGGCAACGACGGAAAUUUCUUGACAGGAGUAGUAGCCGCAUCCUUCACCAACCACACAGAGUGUAAAUGUCACCCAAAGUCAAAAUGUCCCCAAAGAUGUCCUUCUACGUUCCGAAUGCGUCGACGAGGAAAAAAAUGUGCUUGUGAAUGUAGAUCGAAGGGCGAUGACAAAAUGGAGUGUCAGAGAAUCAAGAAUGGGGACAAAGCUUUAAAAAGGAGGGAUCUGAACUGUAUCAAGAAAAGACGUUGCGCGAUGCCUACAUGCACCUUUGGUCAGUUCAAUGUCGAUGAAGGCAAGUGCCCGAAGGCAUCAGUAUCAACACAUCAGUACAAAUACAUCGACCUCCUCAUUUGAAGACAAGUUGGAGAGACAUCAAAGACAAGCGGUACCAACUAGCAGCGAAGGGGAUGUGGGUGGUGACCAGACGUUACUAUGGCUACGGAACGAACUCUAAGAUCCGUCUAGAAACAGGGAUGCAUAAAGUCUUCGGGUUACUUCUUAAUCUGUUAUUUCAAGUUGAGAAAUAUUGCGGAAGCAUCAGUAGGCGUGCUUAAUGGUGAAUACAUCUAAAACAAGGUCGGAGUUGUUGAUAUUUUUUAUUUCACAUUAUUUCGAACAGUCGAACACAGAACACUCUGUGGAGGACAUCUGGAACAAUAUAAGAGAAUGGAAGGAACAGAAUAGCGCGAGGCUUGAAGAACAUUAACAUUCUGAAGUGGAAUUUUAUAAAAAUUACGUGGUUUGUUUUAAUUCAAUUUGUUUGUAAACAGAAAUAAUGUAAAGCGCAUCCACAGAUAUCUGAAGCUGUUUGUUAUGUGAAUUUUUUGAAUAAAAAGAGCGUAGCAAGCA